AGCGCGAGCCAUGGUGCGAAAGCCCUCUUCUCCUCAGUUUUCCUUCAGGAUGGCAUUCUUCAAAUAUCUUCGCUCUGUUAAGAAUGAGAUUAUCCUCUUCUCAACUCCAUUUCUCCUCCUUCCUCUACCUUUAGUGAUCGGGACAUCGGAGGCAGAAUGCGCCUAUGUGAUAGUCCUGAUGGCGAUUUACUGGUGCACAGAAGUCCUACCACUGGCUAUAACAGCUCUGCUCCCAGCCCUCCUUUUCCCUUUUUUUGGCAUCAUGCAAUCCAAAGAUGUGUGUAUGCAGUACCUGAAGGACACAAACCUGUUGUUUGUGGGGGGACUGAUGGUUGCAGUAGCCGUGGAGCACUGGAAUCUCCACAAGCGCAUCGCCUUGAGGGUGCUGCUCUUUGUUGGUGUGCGUCCAGCACUUUUGAUGUUGGGUUUCAUGGGUGUGACAGCCUUCUUGUCCAUGUGGAUCAGUAACACGGCUACCACAGCCAUGAUGGUGCCUAUCGUCCAAGCAGUGCUGCAGCAGCUCAACAACAGUGAGGCAGAGAAACCUCAGAUCCUCAGCUCAGAGGAGCAGAUCCAGACAUCAGAGACUGACAGCAAACAGCCUCCACAGACAGAGAAACAGGCUGACGGACAAGGCCCAGUGGUGGUGACUUUCUUGGAUGCUGCAGCAGAGGCUGCCAUGCGUAAGGACACAGCAGAAAAGAGGAGAAUGUGUAAAGGGAUGACCCUGUGUGUUUGUUAUGCUGCCAGCAUUGGAGGCACGGCCACGCUGACAGGAACCGGUCCAAAUUUGGUGCUCAAGGGCCAGAUGAACCAACUCUUUCCUCAAAACGGAGAUGUAAUUAACUUUGCCUCCUGGUUCGGCUUUGCCUUCCCCAACAUGAUCAUCAUGCUCACAUUGGCCUGGCUUUGGCUGCAGUUUGUCUUCAUGGGAUUCAACUUUAAGAAGACAUGGGGCUGUGGGGCCGCGAAGACAGAGAAGGAGAUUGCCGCUUAUAAUGUGAUCCGUGAGGAGCAUAGUCAGCUGGGGCCCAUGUCCUUUGGAGAGAUAAGUGUCCUGGGUCUCUUCACUCUGCUGGUGGUGUUGUGGUUCACAAGGGAUCCAGGCUUUGUCCACGGCUGGGCAACGGAUGUCUUCAACUCCAAAGCAGAGUAUGUGACAGAUGCCACAGUGGCAAUCUUCAUUGCCGUCCUUCUCUUUGUUCUGCCCUCUAAACCCCCACGGUUCUGUUCGUGUAGGAGUCAAAGUUUUGACACAGUACCCCAUCAAACUGCUGGCCCAACUCCACCUCUGCUCACCUGGAAAGUUGCCCAAAAGAAGAUGCCAUGGGGCAUUGUGCUUCUCCUUGGCGGAGGUUUUGCUCUGGCCAAGGGCAGUGAAGAAUCAGGACUCUCAAAGUGGAUGGGAGAUCAAAUGACUCCUCUGCAAAACAUCCCUCCCUGGGCAAUUGCUAUCAUCUUAUGCCUGCUGAUUGCUACCUUCACAGAGUGCACCAGUAAUGUGGCCACUGCGACGCUCUUCCUACCUGUCUUAGCCUCGAUGUCUCAGUCCAUUGGAAUCAAUCCACUGUACGUCAUGGUGCCUUGUACCCUGAGUGCCUCUUUCGCCUUCAUGCUGCCUGUUGCUACGCCUCCAAAUGCCAUAGUCUUCUCUUAUGGGUACCUUAAGGUUGCUGACAUGGCCAAGACAGGAAUAGUCAUGAACAUCAUUGGCAUCCUUUGUAUCACACUGGCCAUCAACAGCUGGGGCAAGGCAAUGUUUGACCUGGACUCUUUCCCCGCCUGGGCCAAUGUCACCGGGGUGUGAGCCUAGGUCUGCCAUAGGACAUGAAGCACGCACACCCUGUCUUCCCUAUCCACAGGUGCCAGACAAAGACCUCUGGUCAGAGCGUCAGCACAGGACCACACGGUGGACCGCACGCAUCCGAUUGCUGUUAGAAUACAACGCCCUCAAGGCUUGUUUUCAUUGACACUUGAGUCUUGCUUGUGAAAGAAAGUGGUGAUGAAUAUGAUAAGAAAUGGAAGAAGCAGUGGUUGAAGAAUGAACUUAAAACCUUUUGUAUUUACAUUGCAUCAUAGUGAAGUUACCUUUUAAAGAACCCCCCCAUGCUCAUAUAUAUAUAUAUAUAGUAUAGUAUAGUGUAGUAUAGUAUAGUAUAGUAUAGUAUCACAUCAAUCAUGUACUGUAAGUAUUUAUAUUCUCAGAUAGAGAUUUUAUGAUCUUCCUAAGCAGCCAAACGCCAUACAAUUCUUUGUUUUGUUGCAAGAAAUCAAAGAAAUGUUUUACAUAGUCACAUGUAGCCUCGUCUUAAUCGCUGUAAGCCUUAUGGUAUAAUUUAAGAACGUAACUUUGCACAUUUACGCAAGAACUGCACUUAAGUACAAUUUUAAGGUACUUGUAAUUUAUUUAAGGAUUUACAUUUUAAGCCACUUCUGCUUUUACUUCACGACAUUUCAGAGGGAAAUAUUGUCCUUUUUUACUUUUUUAACUUUACUAUAUUUAUCUGAUAGCUGUAAUUACUAGCAACUUUUUAUGUUAAGAUAAUAACAAAUAUGAUUGUAGAUUAGAAAACAUGUAAAAUAUAAAUAAGCCUCAUUUCAACCAGAACAUUCUGCUUACGUGUUAAUACAUUAGCAAUAAUAAUCCAAUAAUAUUAAAUAAAACACAGACAAGGGCAAGUCAGCUGCCUAAUGAGUCAUUUUAGUAUUAAUACAUUUUUGUUUCAAAUGCUGUACUUUCACUCAAAGGUCCAGUGUGUAUGAAUCAGGGACAUCCAUUGGCAAAAAUAGUAUCUAAUAUUCAUAACAAUGUUUUCAUCCAUUUAUUAUCACCUGAAACCACACUAAGCCUAACCCUAAGAUUAGUGUUUUCGUUACCUUAGAAUGAGCUGUUUAUAUCUACAUACAGAGUGGGUCUCUUCCACUGAGUCCACCAUGUUAUUCUACAGUAGCCUAGAAUGGACAAAUCAAACACUGGCUCUAGAUAGGGCCAUUCACGUUUUAACGUUCUCAUGUUUUCGUAUAUGCGUGUUUUCGUGUCGGCCACCAUGGUUCUUCUGCACCAGGGGUCGGCAAACCUUUUGAUAUGAAGUGUCCUUUUUUAAUCUUCUUCUUAAUCAGUGUGCCAUAUUGCGAUGAUGUCAAUCCUUCAAUCCUCAAAAUGCUCCAGAAAAAGUUUGGCUAUGUCCUCACCUUUUGUUGUUUGAGGAGUUGGUUUUAAGCAGAAUAGCUCCUCCCUUACAGUUAAAUCAAAGUAUCUUACUUUGACCGCCAAACGUGGUAUCAGACUUUUUUUGUGGGUCUGUGAAUGCAGCACGAGAAUUAUUUUUUUCCUCAGCAGCAGUUUAUGGAGAUUGAGUCACAGGAUGGAUGAUUGAUCAAUCAAUCCAAUCAGAGCUGGUCAGAUCAGCUCAAUGGAUGGUGAGUCAAAGCAUACUUUAAGACCCAGUUCAAUGAACCAUUGAAUUUUAAUUUCACUGCGCCUGGUGUUCUGCUGCUCCAUCUGUGCCCAGAGUUUGCAUGUAAUGAAUAACCGAAUAGUAGGCUAUAUGUAUUCCAACAGCACUGAUAAUGAACACUCCAGCUCCAAAUUAGGAAAUCAAUAUGUGGCUACAGAUGUUGUUAUCCUGGCGGGCCAUGACAAAUAAAUG